UUCACGAAAAAAAGAAAAGUGUACAUGCUUCGUACUUUCCCUUAUUCAUCUGAGAUUUCUUCUGUAAGAAAAAAAUUCCCUUCGAAAAACAAAAGAAGGUUUUGAUUUCGUUCAUCAAAUCAUGAGAUUCCUCAAUUAGUCUACCCUAAUUUUUACUGCUCGUGUUCUUCAUCAACUAUUAUACCCUAAUCUUUGAUCAAUUUCUUCCGGAAGAUUUUUGCUGCUCUUGUGUUCUUCAUCAAAUCAUGAGAUUUCGCAACUAUUCUGCCUUAAUUUUUCAGAUACGUUGUUAACAGAUCGGGAUUUCGUUUAAUUGCAGAUAAAAUUGUUGUUAGGGUUUUCAGUCGAUCCUUCACUAUUCUUCUGCGGAUCUAAUUGAUGUUUGCCCUAAUUUCUAUUUCAGGUUGAAAGAAACAGUUGGUGCGAUUUCAGGGAUUCAUUUCAAUCAAAUCAGAAUGUCAGAUGUGAUUCCAAAAGAUUGGAUGGAUGAAAGUGAUAUUUUUAGUAAAGUUUAUCGAGACGGGGUCAGAUACUUUAUCAGUUUUGCUGUAAGAUAGUUACUCGAAGUCGAUAUGUGCCUGCCCUUGUAAUAAGUGUCGAAAUAGAAAUAAUAUAGAAAUUGAAAAAGUUAGGCAACAUUUAUUAGAGAAGGGUAUAGACAAGAGGUACCGUAUGUGGGCUUUUCAUGGCGAGAAAUCAAGUAAUAGAAGCACAGUAGGUUCAGUCCAAGAGGAAAACAUCAGCGAACCAAACAGGGAGGAAGGUGUGCCUGAAAUGAGAAGAUUGGUUGAUGUUGCAUUUGGAGUGCAUGAAAUGCCAGAUGAUGACAUUAGUAGCGACGAGGCAGGUCAGUUAGAAUCUUUAGUUGCAGAACCCGAUUUAGGAAAACGAUAUGAGAAAUAUAAGGUCUUAGCAGAAGAGAAACUAUACCCUAACCAUCAAGGUAACCAUACAACUCUAUCUGCAGUUGUUGAACUUCAUAAUAUAAAAAGAUGUAUGGUAUUUCAGGGAAUGCCAUGAGCUCUAUCUUGUCAACAGUAAAACAAUGGCUUCCUGAAGGUAAUACUUUGCCUGAGAAAUACCCUACAAUGAAAACAAUGCUGACUGACCUUGGCAUGACUGUAAAGUCAAUUCAUGCUUGUGAGAAUCACUGUAUUCUCUACUAUAAAGAUUAUGAGAAUGAAAGAAGUUGUCCUGUAUGCAAAGCUAAUAGGUAUAAGGUAAUAGAGGGAAAAUCGGAGGAAAUAAUAGAGUCAAGUGAACCUGUUAAAGUGCUGAAAUAUUUUCCAAUAGGUGAAAGGCUUAAGCGAUUGUAUACUAUACCAUGGAUAGCAAAAGAAAUGACAUGGCACCAUCGAUCAGAAGUUUCUUCUACACAUAUGCGUCAUCCAAUUGAUUCACCUCAAUGGAAACUUAUUAAAGAUAAGUUUCCAAAUUUUGCUGCCGAGGGAAGAAAUGAUUGGCUUGGCAUUGCUACGGACGGGUUUAAUCCUUUUGGUUUUCAGACUACGUCUCAUAGUUGUUGGCUUGUGAUUUUAGUUCCAUAUAACCUUCCACCUUCACUGUGCAUGAAAUCUGAAUUUCAAAUGAUGUCAUUGUUGAUACCUGGACCUAAGGCUCCAGGACAAGACAUUGAUGUCUUUAUUCAACCACUAGUUGAUGAGCUUAAGCAACUAUGGGAUGAUGGAGUGACAGUUUUUGACAUGCACCAGAAAGAGAGUUUCCAGUUGAAAGCUACAUUAUUUAUAGGGAUUCAUGACUUGCCAGCGUAUGGAAUCCUGUCCGGCUGUAAGUAUCAUGGUUACUUUGGGUGUCCAGUAUGUGCUGAUGAUACUCAAAGCAUUCGUCUAUCACAUAGUAGUAAAAAUGUGUACACAAACUACCGUCGUUUUCUUCCUAACAGGCAUCCAUUUAGAAAGGGUAAGUACUUGGAUUUGAACACUGAAGAGCACUCAGUUGCUCCAGAUCGGUUCUCUGGACGUCAAAUACUUCAAAAGCUACGCCAUGUCAAUUAUGUUCCUGGGAAGUGUAGUGGAAAAAGAAAGAGGGCCUUUGCUGCUGAGGUCGAUACUGAAAUUGAAGCCAAUGAUCCAAUUGAUGAAUCAGGUGAUGCUAGUGCUGACGUGACUAAUGCAUUCUCUAAGAAGUCUAUUUUAUUGGGUUGAACUUUAUGUUCGCCACUCUGUUGAUGUUAUGCACACCGAGAAGAACGUAAUGGAGCAUAUUUUGGAUACAAUAUUAGAUGUGAAAAAUAAGUCUAAAGAUAUAGUUGGUGCUCAAGAAGACUUAAGAGAAUUGAAUAUUCGCAGCGAUCAGUGGAUUUCUAAAGAUUCUAAGACGGGGAAGGAUGUCAUGCCAGUGGUAGUAUAUGUCUUGAGUAAAGACGAGAAGGUUCGAUUUUGCCAAAUUCUUAAAAACUUGAAGGUCCCAACAGGGUUUUCCUCUAACUUAAGCAACAAUGUCAGUGUUAAUCCCCCACGUUUGAGUAAUUUAAAGUCCCAUGACUAUCACGUCAUCAUGGAAUAUUUGCUUCCUGUCCUCCUUCAUCAUGCUUUUCCACACCAUAAAGAUUUGCGAAGAGCACUUCAGCAGAUUAGUCUGUUCUUUAGAAUUUUGUGCGCGAAAGUGUUGGUUAAAGAUCACAUACAAAGAGCAAAAUACAUGGUUGUAGAGGCAAUGUGUGUGUUGGAAAAUUACUUUCCACCUGCAUUUUUUGAUAUCAGCAUUCACCUAAUGGUUCAUCUAGAUGACGAAGCGUUAUAUUGUGGACCCGUAAGAUUUCGUUGGAUGUAUCCUUUCGAAAGGGCGAUGAAGGAUUGCAGAAAUAUACCAAGCAAUAAACGUUACAUUGCUGGGUCCAUUGCAGAGGCGUACCGUGUGACAGAGUCGGCUAGAUAUGCAAUGGAAGACAUGCCAACCGGGAUGGAAACCACCAAGCAACUUGGGAGGCUUUUUUGGGGAAGACUCUGAGUACAUUGAUGAAGGUCCCAUGAAGGAAGACGGUAAAGUGGUAAAACUAACUCCUGCUCAGUUUGUGCAAAUAUGAAGAUGGAUACUCUUUCGACGUGACAUUGAGGGUCUUGAUGACUAUUAUGCCCACUAUUGUGAUCACGUUCUACCUGAUGAGAUGGAUGAAGUUGAGCGGCAAACAAAGUUUAUAGACUGGCUACAUGAUAAGUUAUUGGAAGAAAAGAAGACAGAUUCAUAAUUGUGGCGAUAUGUCAAAGUUCUUACUGGAGCAAAAGAAUAUUUAAGUUACCGUGUAAACGGGUUUGUCUUUUCUUCUCUCUCACAAGAGAGUAGUCGUGUUACACAAGACAGUGGAGUUUGUAUGGAUGCAGUCACCACAUACAUGACAAAGAAAGGUGAUAAAAGCCCUGUUGAUCAAAUGACCAAGUGGUAUGGAAUUAUCAAGCAAAUUCUGGAGGUGGACUACACCAAUCGGGAAAUCGUGGAAUUUGUAUUCUAUUGUGAUUGGGUGAAGGUAGAAAGUGGAUGUAAAAUGUGCCCUGACUCUAAUUUGGUGGUAGUUAAUCUGGAUAGGAUCAGGAGUGUCGAUAGGUACUUCGAUGAGCCUGCAAUUCUCGCUUGUGAAGCCAGCCAAGUGUUCUACUCUAAGGAUUUGAAAUACCCUGAUUGGUGGGCUGUUAUCCAUUCGCCAAGGAAGAUGACAAGAAAAGUUGAUAACAUUUCAAAACCCAUAUCUGAGGAGUUUCAGGAAAUAUUCUCUGAUGAGCCGCAUUUGGAGGACCUUUUAAAGCUGUGCCGUUAGUUUAUUAGUUCUUAAGAUAUUGGAUGGUAGAUGAAGUGCUGAUAGAUAAUUGAUGAUUAUGUUGCACUGCUAUGCUGCUAUGUUUUACUAUGGAUUUAACUGAUGGAUGGAUACGUGUGUUCUACUAUGUUUAUCAUUAGAUUGUCCGCAUAGUUACGUUUACCAUAUUUGUCAUUAUGUUUUCUGCGUACUUAUGCUUACUAUGCUUUGUUCAUUUGUCGUGAGAUUAUCUACUAACUUAUUUCAUAUGAUGGUUUGUUUUCUUGAUUAAAGGAUUGAUUCAUUAUGUGCAUUUCUUGUUAUAUGUUGUCUACUAAGUCAUCUUUUAUUGUGUAGCAUGGAUACAAAUCAAUAUGGCAGUGAUGGUGUACAAACUAUAACCACCCAAUCAUUACAGAAUAGUGCAUCUGUUGGGAAUAGUUUUAAAGUUUUUGUUGAAGUUGAUGCAGCUUGUAGACCAAUAAAGAAAAAUGCAGAAAAAUUUGCUUCUCGUGUAGGGGAACUUAUACGAGCGCAUUGCCCAAUACGUUAUGAAGAUUGGAGGAUUGUCCCGGAAAACUUUAAGGAGGAUGUGUGGAAUGGCUUAAUGAGCGAGUUUAAGUUUAAUGCUCCUUCGCACUUGGUACGCCCGAACCUCGAAGUAACCUUUUCACAGAAGUUCAGAACAUUCAAAUACCAGCUUCGACAGAAUUAUUUCAAGAUAGCCAGAGGUAAAGCACAAAUUGAAGCAGCUAUUCAAGCUGGUUUGGAUCCAAAUGCAUGGAAAAGCAAAGAGGAGAUUCUAGAAAACGUUCCGAUGGGGGUUACUCCAAGUAAUUGGACCGCUUUCGUUGAGAAUGAGUUCAAAGGAGUCAAAGAAAGCCAUGAAAAGAAAUCAGAGAACAAAAAAAAUGCACAAUCCCUCAUACUCUUGGGUAAAAGGUCUUUACGUGGAUUUUCCUCCAGCGUUUCUGCGAAGCGUGCUAAGCAAGCAUUCUUGACUGCUUCUCUUCGCGAUUCUACAGUUAACAAAUGCAACUCCCCUGUCAUCGGACUGAAAAAGGUCAUGGCACAAAAUAUAUCCAGUGACCGUCCGACAAGCGAAGAAACAAUCUUGGAUGAUUCUUGUAUCCCUAACUCUGAGUUCCCUCCUGACUUCACUCCAGAAAAUCAUGCUUUUACCAGGAAUUUAGAUCCCAUGUCAGAGCCACAACCUUUCGACAAUUCUGGUUAUGAAGAGUCUUCAUAUCAGAGUGUGAAUUUGUUGGACAGGAAUGGUAAAAUAGUUUCCGUUGGAUAUGUGGUAACCGGUUUGGAAGGUGAAGUCUGUCACCACAGAAUUGUCCAAAAGAACGAGAGGAAAGUUCGCAUAGAACGCGUCUACGAUGAUUCUGCACCAAUUUGGGACCCUCCUCAAGGUGAUGACUUCUAUAAGCUAUCUUAUUAUGUUGCUGGUGGUUGGAUAAUAUGGCAUAAGAAGCGUCUGCAAUUUACAAAUUAAACUUUGUGUACCUUGUUACAGAUCAGUACUACUAGGUAGAGUUUAUGUUUUAAUUUAUGAUAGUUUGUUAGUUUCUAUUGUUUAUUGUUUUAAGAGUGUAUUGGGGAUAUCCAGUGGAUGUUGAAACAGAUUUCUUUUUAUUAAUUUAAUUUCUAUAUCUAUUAAAA